ACAAAGAAGCUGGUGGCCUCAAUCUCCACUCUUUUAACAAGACGAACCUAUUCUUCAGAUUUCCGGCGCAAUCCACUCGCAACGAUCGCGAUUAAUUCACAAUCUCACUUCACUCGCGAUUCUCUGAAACCUCCUUCUUCAGCUAAACCCCUGGCGAUUUCCGUUAAUUGGCUCCGAUUUUCCGGGAGAGCGUUUUGCUCGGACAGGAGAAGCUCCGUGUGCUGGAACUGCGGUUUCUCGUCUGCGUUUUUGUUCUGCGACUCGUGCCGCAGCAUUCAACCUGUUGAUGAUUCCGUCGAUUAUUUUCAGAUUUUUGGCCUGGAGAAUAAGUAUGAGUUAGAUGCUGGAAGCCUUGAAAGCAAGUACAAAGACUGGCAAAAGAAGCUACAUCCAGAUUUAGUUCACAACAAAUCCAAGAAAGAAAGAGAUUAUGCAGCUGAACAGUCUGCAAAGGUGACUGAAGCAUUGCGGACGUUAACCAAGCGGCUAUCAAGAGCAAUGUAUAUCAUGAAGCUUAAUGGCAUACAUAUCAAUGAAGAAGAAACGCUAACAGAUCCAGAAUUGUUAAUGGAGAUUAUGGAACUCAGAGAGGCCAUAGCAGAAGCAAAUGAUUCAAAUGCGCUGAACCAGAUCCGAUCACAGGUGCAAGAUAAACUGAAGCAGUCUUCCGACUCUUUUGUCGAAGCCUUUGAAAGCCAGAGGUUUGAUGAAGCUGUUAAAUGCAUACAGAGAAUGACUUAUUAUGACCGAGCCUGUGAAGAAAUUGUCAAGAAGCUA